GCUGACCAAAGUGCUCGCUUGCUUUGCUUUGAAAACCAAUGAAAGCAACUUUUUAAAGAGAAGCUUCUGAGGCAUUUUCAGAGUUGAAAGUCUAACCUAAACCACCCACCACUUUAGACCCAUUUCCUCACACAACAUACGUUAAAAAAAAGUCUUGCUUCUUCUCUCUCCCUCUGCACGAUAAAAGCAUUUGUAGAGGGAGAAAAUCUCACUUUCUCUCUCUAAACCCCCCAAACCCCCACGCUUCUUCGUCUUUUUCUCUCUCUAGCCCUAAAAUAUGAAACCCCAAUUCUAGAGAGAGAGAGAGAGAGAGAGAGAAAAUCACAAAAGAUCAAACCCAAAACAUAAAGCAGCGUUUCUCACCUUCCCUAUUUUUUUCAACGUUUUAAACCCAGAUCAAACUGUGGGAAUUAUGGAGUUUCUGGGCAAAAUUGUUCAGAAGGACUUCAAGGGUCAUGGUGUCUUCUCGGGAGUUGUUCAAUCGUACGACGCGUCGUCUGGCUUAUUCGAGGUCGUCUACGAGGACGGCGAUUCUGAGGAGCUCGAUUUCUCUGAGGUCGCUUCUCUGUUGAAGCGGAAAGAAGCUGACCCGGCUGCCCACAGGCAACGGGUUGGUCGUAGGCCCAAGAAGCGCCUUCGAAUCGAGCCAAGGAAGCGUGAAGACGGAGGAGUUGGUGAAGAGACGGGUAAUUCUAUUUCUCAUUCUCAGCCAAUUGCUGAAACCCUAGGGGGACAAAGUGGUGUGGUUGUAGAGUCUAAUGAGAAAUUAGAUAUGAAUCGGAAUGUUGAUUUGAAUGAUGGAUUUAUUGGGAAUUCGAGAGAAGGUGAUUGUAGUAAUGGGAAUUUGGGAAAUAUGACUGUUGAUUUGAAUGAAGCUCUGGAGAAGGGGAGUGGAGUUUUGGAGACUUUGAGAGAAAGUGGGUCUGUUAAUGGGUGUUUGAAGGGAAAUGUUAGCAUGAAGGAGGCGCUUGAUUUGAAUGCCGGGUUUAACUUAAACUUGAAUGAAGGACUUGAUUUGAAUGAGGGGGGUCAUAUAAAUUCCAACGGUCCAGAAAAUUUGAAGAAGAGAGAGUGUAUAGACUUAAAUUUGGCUGUGAAUGGUGAUGUGGAUGAGAAUUUGGGGGAGGUUGAUUUGGGGAUUAAUCACACAGAGAGUCAGAAGAAGGAAUGUGGGUUUGAUUUGAAUUUGGGGAUCGAUGAGGAAAUUAAGGAUGACCCAGAUGGUGAUUGUGGAGGGGAAGCCAAGGAAAGUACGUCAUGUGAGGUGGUUAAAGAGGAGACUCAAAAGAUGGAUGUUGCAAGUAGGGAUUUGGAGAGAAUUUAUAAUGAAGGUGCUAUUGCUAAUUCAACGCUGCAGGAAGUUCACGUUGUGGAUGAUUCAUAUGUAGGGUUGGCUAUAGGAAUCUGGAAGGACACCAUAUCUGGUGAAGAUUUCAGGGUUGGUGAUUCUGUUGAAAUGCAGGAUACUAAAACUAUUAAAGAGGAUUUUCCUGAGGUAGUUGAUGGAAACCAAUGUGAUAUUAGAAGUGCUAAUAAUGAAGGGAGUGGUGGUUGUGGGAGGAGGAGGGGUAGGAGGAGAAGCAUUGCAAGUAGUUUGAACUCUGCGCCAGAAACAACUGUCUUUACAGAUGCUACAGUAAUUUAUGGGAAUGAAGGUGAUAUAAGAAGUGUAUAUAAAGAAAGGAAUGGUAAUCAGAGGAGGCUGAGGCGGGGAAAGUUUGUGGAUACCUCGAGUUCUGCACCAGAAACAACGGUCAUUGCAGAUGCUGAUGUCAAGGAAGAUGAUACCGUGGUAACUGAUGGGGAGAAAGGUGAUAUGGGAAGCGCAUAUAAAGAAGUGACUGGUAAUAGUAGAAAGAGAAGAAAAAUUUCAGAUCAUGUGAAUGCCACACCACAAAUGACAGUGCUGAGAAGGAGUACUCGUCGGGGUUCAGCUAAACAUGACAUUUCAAUCACAACAGCAUUAAGUGCAGUCCAUGAUUUAUCUGUGUCUCCUGCAGUUAGUGCAAUAACUGAGGAGAAGCCUGUUAAAUCAUGUCGUGAAUGGGCUGAAGAGCCCGUGGUUCUUCCUCCACAGGUGCAACUGCCACCUUCUUCACAGAAUUUGGAUUUGGAUGGAAUUUCAAUCAUUGACUUUUUCUCAGUUUAUGCCUGUCUAAGAUCGUUUAGUGCAUUAUUGUUCUUAAGUCCCUUUGAGUUGGAGGAAUUUUUGGCGGUUCUGAAGUGCAACUCUCCUAGUUCAUUAUUUGAUUGCAUUCAUGUUUCCAUUUUGCAAACUCUAAGAUUGCAUUUGGAAUACCUUUCAAAUGAAGGUUCUGAAUCUGCUUCUAUUUGCUUGAGGAGUCUUAACUGGGGUUUGUUGGACUUGAUCACGUGGCCUGUUUUCAUGGUUGAGUAUCUUCUUAUCCAUGGUUCAGAUUUGAAAUCUCGGUUCAAUCUUAGUGACUUGAAGCUUUUAAAAAAUGACUACUAUAAACAGCCUGUGUCAGUCAAAGUUGAGAUACUGCGAUUUCUAUGUGAUGACAUGAUUGAGGUAGAAGCCAUUAGGUCAGAGCUUUAUAGAAGAUCUUCAGGAGCUGAGUUUGACCUAGACUUUGAUCGAAAUAUGGGUCUUGGGGCUUCCAAGAAAAAAAGGGCUGGGAUGGACAUCUCAGCUGGCUCUUGCUUAACUGAGGAGGCUGUUGAUGACACCACUGACUGGAAUAGUGAUGAAUGCUGUCUUUGUAAGAUGGAUGGGAGCUUAAUAUGCUGUGAUGGUUGUCCAGCUGCCUUCCAUUCAAAGUGUGUUGGUGUUGCUAAUGAUUCUUUGCCAGAGGGUGACUGGUUCUGUCCUGAAUGUGCCAUAAACAGGCACAAGCCUUGGAUGAAACCUCGAAAGUCACUUCGAGGGGCAGAGCUAUUGGGGGUCGAUCCUUAUGGCCGAUUAUAUUUUAGCAGCUGCGGUUAUUUAUUGGUGUCAGAUUCAUGUGAAACUGAAUCCUUAUUUAAUUUUUACCAUAGAGAUUCUUUUAUUGCUGUUAUUAAAGUGCUGAGGUCUUCAGAGAUGGUUUAUAGCAGCAUAUUGGAGGCCAUCCACAAGCAUUGGGAUAUACCUGUUAAUUUAUAUGGAGCAAGUAGUAAUUUGGAUUUAUGCUUAGAUAUGUACAUGAGCCCAGCUGUGUUGGCAUCUUCAGAAACAUGUACAAUUAAAAAUGAGGCUACUGAUGCAAGAAAAGCAGAAGAAAAGUUUGUUACAGAAUGUUCUGGUCAUAUUAAUUUUGAGGUGUCAAAGUCUUUGAGCCAAACUUGUUUGAGUUCUGAAGGAUCAGCUGAAACAACCCAAACAAGUUUGCGGAAUCAGAAUUUUCAGAAAGAAGUGCCCGAUUGUGCUAAUAGAACUGCUGACCUUUUAAAUGAAUCUGAUAUACCAGGGAAGCUCCCACCCAUGGGAGACAAUUCUUUGACAUCAUCCUGUUUGGAAAGCAAGAAUGUAAUAGGAUCUGCAGCUAAUGGUCACCCUUUAUCGGCUUUAGACCCACCAAACCAAGUCCAGCUAGGAACUGGCUACAUGAACUAUUACAGUUUUGGUCGUAUAGCUUCAUCAGUUGGAGAAGAGUUGAUGCGUAAGUCAUCUGACAAAACCAUUGAAGACUCCAUAAAAACGGAUGAGGAAAUCAUUUCAGCUCAGAUGAAGAUUAUUUCGAAGAAAACUGCCAAGUUUUGUUGGUCAAAUAUUCCCAGACUGAAUGUUGGUGUGCUGAAAGAAAAAUGUGGGUGGUGCUUCACUUGCAGGAUUUCUUCUGAUGAGUUAGGUUGCUUGUUUAAUAUGAGUUUGGGUCCAGUUCAGAAAGGGCCUGUGGAUGACGUUGCUGGCCUUCAAUCAAGAAGGAACAAGAAAGGCCAUCUUACAGAUAUAAUAAGUCAUAUUCUCUUGAUUGAAGACAGGUUGCAAGGGCUUCUAUUAGGUCCGUGGCUGAAUCCACAUUAUAGCAGGCUCUGGCGCAGAAGUGUUCUCAAGGCAUCAGAUCUUGCGUCCACGAAACAUUUACUGCUUAUAUUAGAGUCAAAUCUGCGCCGUCUUGCACUUUCAGCGGAGUGGUUGAAACAUGUGGAUUCUGCCACCACUAUGGGUUCAGCUUCUCAUAUUGUCAAAGCUUCAUUGCGCGCUUCUUCAAAGAAUGGAAUUGGUAGGAAGAGAGCCAGGUACUCAGAAUUUGAUUCCAAUCCUUCUUCAAAUUCUGCCAGUGGAUUAGGCAUGUUAUGGUGGAGGGGUGGUAGGCUUUCUCGCCGGUUAUUCAGUUGGAAGGUUUUACCUCGCUCGUUAGUAUCCAAAGCUGCCAGACAAGCUGGGUGUAUGAAGAUACCAGGCAUGUUGUAUCCUGAGAAUUCAGAUUUUGCAAAGAGGAGCAAAUAUGUCUGUUGGCGAGCUGCUGUGGAGUCAUCAACAACUGUAGAACAGCUUGCUUUGCAGGUUAGAGAGCUUCAUUCUAAUAUCAGGUGGGACGAAAUUGGGAACACAAAUCUGCUGGCAAUGGUGGACAAGGAAUUUAAAAAAUCAUUGAGGCUAUUCAAGAAAGUAAUUGUCCGUAGGAAGUGCAUAGAGGGAGAAGGGGCAAAGUAUCUUCUUGAUUUUGGCAAGAGAAGAAUUAUUCCUGAAAUUGUUUUAAAGAAUGGAUCUGUGGUUGAAGAAUCCUCCAGUGAGAGGAAGAAAUAUUGGUUGAAUGAAUCAUUUAUUCCCUUGUAUCUCUUGAAAAGUUUUGAACAGAAAAGAAUUGCUCGCAGAUCUAGUAAGAUGAGUUCUGGGAAACUUUCUGAUGCUGCUGUAGUAGUGAAGAAGCCCCCAAAGAAAAGAGGUUUCUCAUAUCUUUUUGCAAAAGCUGAAAGAUCUGAGUACCAUCAGUGUGGGCACUGUAACAAAGAUGUUCCAAUCAGGGAGGCUGUGUGCUGUCAGUAUUGCAAGGGAUUUUUCCAUAAAAGGCAUGUGAGGAAGUCGGCUGGUUCCAUCACUGCUGAAUGUAUGUACACGUGCCACCGUUGCCUUGAUGGGAAAUAUGUGAAAAUUGACUCAAAAACGGGGAAGAGUGGUGUAAAAAGAGGGAAAAAUAACAAGAAAAACUUGCAAGUUCAGCAUCAAAAAUCAAAAAAGGCCUCUGUAGGUUGCAGGUCAGUGCGAUUUAAAAACAGUAAAAAAGCAUUGAGGAGUUCAUGGUCUCUACGACCAAGAAAAAAUAAGAAAGUUGCUGCUGUUGUACCACUGCGUCGCUCACCUAGGAAAGCUAAAUACAACUCUAUGCAAAAUAAAAAAGUUGGGGAAUGCAAGAAAGAUAAGCAGGUCAAAUCCAGAAAAGCAACAUAUAAGAAACAAACUAAGGUUACUUCAUGGCGCAAGGAGAGGACACAGACUUAUCAUAGUUACUGGAUUAAUGGUCUCCUAUUGUCUAGAAAGCCAGAUGAUGAACGUGUGAUGCAUUUUAGAAGUUUUCUUGCUUCUUCCAAAAGUGACAUCCUUGAUCAACCCAAAUGCCAUCUUUGUUGUGAAGAUGGAAAUACAUCUACCUUGAAUUAUAUUUCUUGUCAGAUGUGUGGAGAGUGGUUUCAUGGAGAUGCUUUUGGACUCAAUAUGGAGAACAUCAAUAAGCUUAUUGGAUUUAGGUGCCAUGUGUGCCGCAAGAGUACCCCUCCUGUCUGCCCACUAGUACUAACCACAAGAAGACAUGUCUCUCAAAUGGAUGAGGUGCAAAAUGAUGUUCAGAAUGAACUUUCGGAGGAAGCAAAAAAUGAUGUCCCACAUCUAGGUGAGAUGGUGCAAAACGAUGUUCAGAAUGAGCUUUCUGAGGAAGCAACUAAUGACCCACAUCUAAUUAUGAGAAAUUCAUUGCAAGAAUCGCUUGCAAAUGAAGAUCAUCAAGGCUCACUUCUUGUAAAUGACUUUGAACUUAGGAAGCAGCAGCCAGGUACUACAGAUUCAGAUCAGAGUUUUGUGCCUGGAUCUGGGUUUGAAGUGGGCAAUGAGCGGGCAGUUGAUUAUGUGAAGGAAAAUACUGGUGCAGCUCAAAUUUCUAACAAGAAUUUGAAUCCAGAAGUCAUAUCAUGUAAUGGAAAUCACAUGUCUGUAGAGAAUACAAUUGAAUCAGAAGAUGUGAUGGUAACGUCGUCUGUUCAAAUGCAAACCUCUUCCUGCAAUGUUGAUGAAUGAUGUGGAUGUGAUGGCUUAACCCCCAUCUUGAAGUCAUCAAUUGAUGGAGCCCUUAUUGAUUCAGUUGAGUUGCAUCCACAUUUUUUUAAGGCAUGAAGUGGAUUGUAAGAUGAGGGACGAAAUUGAGUGUUGAUUUGAUUUGCAGAGACCAUUUAAUUGGUGAAACAAAGAACUGCAGAGGCUAGAGUUUAUUUGUAAAUCAACUAAUAUUUUUGAAAUUCAUGGUAGAAGUUCAAAAAGAUGCACUGGGAUGAUUCAUUUGAAGCUGAGAAAUAAAGAAUUUCUUCUUUGAUGUCUUCUGAUUCUAUGAAGAUUGCUCUGCUUCAUUGGUUUUCAAGAUUGUGACGUCCACAAAUGGCUGAUAAACCCUUGCAUGGAAGCAUCUCCAGAGAGGCUUUGGGUAGUCUUUUAACAGGUCUGCUGGCAUUUUUUGUUUGCCAUGUCCCAAGAGGCUGCUGUGCUUGUGCAGCUUGCUUUGUUAAGUAAUUGAGAUUUUGUUUGAUUCGUUGAUAUAGCUUCGAGGCAUGGAAUUGCGACCGAUGGAUGAGUGUUGUGAGGGUAUGACAGGAACAAAUUAUUUCAUGACCAAGUAGGUAGUCUUAGGGCUUAACAUUGAUAGUUUAUAUUUACUUUUAAUUAAAAUGUAAUAUUUGUUAGCUUCAAAGACUCGUUUGUAGAUAUCAUAUCAAAAUAGUCAAAUUGAUUUCAAUUUCAUAUUUGUUUCA